ACGUGAGUUCAUUAUCUAGGUUGUCGAUAUUGUGCACAUUUACAUCGUUUCCUUUAUAUAAAAAUGGAUAUAUCAGUAUCUGUAAGUGGUAUUCUACUGGGUUUCAUUACACUGAGUUUGGCUGCAUGGUGGGCAAAGUGGUUCAAUAAAAAACGGUACCCCCCUGGACCUUGGGGAUUUCCUAUCUUUGGACACCUGCCUUUAUUAAGUAACAAACCCGAGCAAAAAUAUUCAAAAUGGCGGCAGAAAUACGGAGAUAUUUUCAGCAUCCGCUUUGGUAGUUGGAAUACAAUUAUUGUCAAUGGGUACGAAGCCAUUAAAGAUGCAGCAGAGCGAAAGGAUGAUGUCUUUUCUGGUAGACCUGAAUUUGCUACGGAAAUUGCGAUAAGGGAAGCAUUCGAUGGUCUUGAAAGCUUAUCUUUUUGUAAUUUUUCUCCAAAGUAUCUUCAACUUAGAAAACGGACAACUAUGGCCAUGAGAAAAUACACGAAAAACUGCGAUUAUUCUCCAAAUGAAUUGUUUCGGGACGAAGCUGAAAAACUGGCGGAAAAGCUGUUGAGAUAUCAAACCGAUGAACCCGUAUCCAUCAAUUUAGAUAUUCAAUUGACUGUCAUAAGUGCAAUAUACCAAAUGCUGUUUGGAAGAGGAAAAGAAGAUGAAAUUAAACCACAUUUAAACUUAAUAAUUGAAUCAACUGAAACCUUUAACAAAUUUGCAUCCAGUGGUAAUCUAGUUGACGUUAUUCCAUGGUUAAGGUAUUUCUUUAAAGCAGAAGUGGAUAAAGUAAAAGAGGCCAUGACAGCAACUGACUGGAUAACAAAAUCUAAGAUAUCUGAACAUAGGAUUUCAUUUCAAGAUGGACAGACCAGGGAUAUUUUGGAUGCAUUAUGUGAUCUGUCAAGCGACCUGCCCGAUCAGGACAGCAGUGGUAAUAUAUCAGCAACACUUUUACAAUUUCAAAUUUCGACAUUGCAAGUUGCUGGUUUCGAUACAACAAGUAAUACACUCAUGUUUAUUAUUCUAUACUUAAUAAUGUUUCCAGAUGUCCAAAAGCGUGCUCAGGAAGAAGUUGACAAAGAACUAGGCAGCAACAGGAAUAUUUCUGGUAACGACCAAGCUAACCUACCAUACGUAAUGGCUACUAUCCUGGAAGUUUUGAGAAAAACAAGCAUUGUUCCUUUCGCCAUCCCUCAUAUCACUCUUCAUGACACAAAAUUGCAAGGGUAUGACAUUGACAAAGAUACUGUGGUUUUCUUCAACCUUCAUUCAGUAGCAAAUGAUGAGUCAUAUUGGGGAGAUCCGGAAAACUUUAGGCCAGAAAGGCUUCUUGAUGAUUCUGGAAAACUUGACAAGGAAAAGUGCUCUCAUAUAAUGGCAUUUGGUGCGGGUAGACGCCAAUGCCCAGGCGAAACUAUGGCAAAAAUGAACAUAUUUAUUGUGAUUGUAACGUUAUUACAGCGUUACUCACUUCAGAAGGCUGAUGGGUCUGACCUUGAUCUUGAUCCUAUUUGGGGACUUAUACUCUCACCAAAACCAUUUAAAGUUAUUGUAAAAAGAAGGUUGUAAGCAUCGUCUGGAAUAACGAGGUUGAUACAUCAAAAAGUAGGGCCGUAAAGUGAUAGUCUAAAAUAAGUUUUCUUAGUCUGUUAGUUCUCCUAAAAAUCAUCUUGUGUUCAUUUCAAAUUAUUUCAUUUGCAAAUUACAAACAGUAAAUAGAUGUUUCCUAAAG